AUGGAGAAACCAAAAGAGGAGGAUAUUGAACGAGUGAGAUACUGCCGAAAUUGCAUUGUCAAUGGGGAUGGUCCUUUAUGUGUUUCAUGUGAACUAGAUGGAUUAUUCCAGGAUUAUGAAGCAAGGCUCUUUCGUCUUAACAAAGAACAUGGAGGGAUGAUUACAUCUGCUGAAGAGGCCAUAGAUUUGCAGAAGAGGAACUCUGCACUCAAUCGUUUCUAUUGGAAUUUUUCACAGCCAGACAAAGACAAGACUUCACAUGUCGCCAAUUAUGGAAAAUUAAUGAAAAGAGAUGUUGGAGAAAAGUUUGAAGAUGACCCUGAUGUUUAUGGGCUUAAGCCAAUUAAGUAUGUAGGAAUUGAGGUUUCGCAGGUAAAGGGUGGGUCAGUUUACGACAAUGUUUUGAUCUGUGAUGACCCAGAUUAUGCAACACAAGUUGUGGAAGAAGUAUUUGCAAAGAGGGAGAUUGAAAAAGAGGCCUUAGAGGAAGCAGAGAAAGUGAGAAAAGCACGAGAGGAAGAGGAAGCUCAAAGAGCAAGAGAAGAAGGUGAAAGGAGGAGAAGAGAGCGGGGUUAUGAUCGACGGUACAGGGAUAGAUAUAAGGACAGAUACAGAAGGGACCGUCGUGAUUACAUGGAUGAUUACCAUAAAUUUCUACUGAACAAACGUGAAAUGGAGUUGUUUAAGUUAGAAAACAAGGUUAGGUUUAUCCUUGCAGUUGUGAAGGGAGAGAUCAUUGUAAGUAAUAGGAAGAGAGCUGAUCUGUUUGUUGAGCUGCAAACAAAAGGUUUCACUCCUUUUCCAAAGAAAACUAAAGCUGUUGAGCCAGAAGUUGCUGGUGCAACUGAUGAUACAGAAGAAACAGAAGUGAAAUCUCCUGCUGACAGCAGUAGUAAUGGGGUACAGAUAAGUGAUUAUGAGUAUCUACUGGCCAUGGCAAUUGGAAGCUUGACCAUUGAGAAGGUUCAGGAGUUAUGCGCUGAAAGGGAUAAGGUCAAUAAGGAGGUUGAUGAUUUGAGAAAGGAAACUCCAAAGUCCUUUUGGAGGACAGAUCUUGAUGCUUUGGAGGGGCAACUCGAUGAGCUACAGAGAAGUGAUGUGAGUCAGAGGAGUUAAGAAAGAAAAUGAGAGGCAAAGCAAGGGGUGAAGCUGCUAUGAAGUCUGCUAGACAAGCACCCAAGAACCCACGGAAGAACAAUAAUAAGAAGGCAAAUAAUGCAGAAUCUGUUGCAGAAGCUGUCUCGUCAUCUGUGGCUGCAAUGGAAAUUG